AUGUUCGCAUUACACGUUUUUGUUUAUCGUUAUGUAUUAUUUUCAACUUUGGUUGGGUGCGUGGUGGCACAAUUACCUACAAAUUCAAGUCUCAUCGAAGCUCAUCAAUAUUCUCCGAUGGCAAGUUAUUCUACAAUUAUUUCAUCUAGUGGUGUCAUUCGUUCGUCCAUCACUACUAAUAAACCGACUAUCGGUGUCACGUCUUUUAUACCUACCAGCAAUAUCAACAUAAAUUCAUCUAUUUCAUAUUCACAUACACCGACUCCAACAUCAUCAUAUUCUUCGAUACCAUCGUCCUCGUUAACGCGAGCUCAACUGACUCAAAUCCCCACAAAUCUAAUCAAUCAAACGAGUAUCAUUUCCAGUUAUGUGACAGCCAGUAAAACGGUGAAUAGCAACCAUAAAAUUCGAAUUAAUUUGACGGGAACUAAGGAAAUCAUAACUCCAAAUGCUGAUUUAUUUAAUCGAGGAGAAAAAAACAUUGACGAAUCCUUAUUUAAUUGGUGGGGAAUUUUAAUUAAUCUGAUGAAAAUGACUCGAUACUUUUUCCAACAACAUUCUCGAGUUCCUUAUCAAUCCGGCAAUGGUGUUGGCGCUGCUGGUCUUUUACGAAACAAUUUUGCUCCUUGGAAACGAGAGCUUCAACAACUUGGAAAGAACUUCGCAAAAUAUAAUCAAAUUAAUGUUGAUAGAUUCCUUAUUAACAACAAAAAUGCGACAAUCUUCCCCAAUUUCUUCGAGAAGCCACAAUACAUUCAAUUCCGAAUUCAAUCAAUCACAAUCGAUGACGAUUGCUUCGAUAGGAAAACUGCCUUCAAAACUUCGUCACCAUCUUUAGGAAUGGGAAAUUUACGUUAUCAUUAUGUCAAAGGAAGCUUUGGUUUGUUUAUUAAUGAGAAUACUGUGAAGAUUCUGAUUCCCGUCGAGGCGUUGGAUGAGAUUAUAACAAGUGAUUUGAAUUCUUUCGUAUUGAGUUUGAAAGAUGAUGGUGGCUCUCUUAUUAAAUUCAAAAUAUCGGAUGAAACGUUCACCAAUAAAAAAAUAGCCCAAAGCCUCGAAAUUGCACAAUCCAUGAAAAUUGUCGCGUGCAAAGAUACACCAUCACAGAAAAUUGAUAUGACCAUAUUACACGUCGAUCAUGAAGUUAAGAGACGUAAAUCGCUUGACAAAGAACAACAGCAGCUAAGAAAUGACACCAAUGCAACCAAUAGAAAUGGUAAAAACGAACUUGAUGAUGAAGACGAGGACGGAGGGGAUCUUUUGGGCUCUAACGGAGAAGUGGCUUUCGCAGGAUGGAGUUCUAUUUUGGAUCCAAGUCUUUUCAAUAAAAAAUGUGAUGACGAAGAAACCAUAGAAAAUAAUAGAGAGAUCUUUGAUGAAGAUGAAGUCAAUGGAAAACCCAAUACCGGAACUUUUAUCGUAAAAUUUCACGAUUCCGAAGAAAUCCGCGUUUUCCAAUUUUUCAAGGAAGUCACUUUUGAUGAAGUGAAGUCAGUUAUUCAAAAAACUUGUGGUUUACAAGAGCUUCACAAGUUGAAAUGCAAGGACGAAGUCGGCGAAAUGAUUACAAUCACUAAUCAAUACGAUUUUAACACUGCCGUUGCAUUUUACGCGACAAACAAUACACUGGAAUUGUGGUUGACUCGAUGA